UCCUCCCGGUUUGCGUGGUCCAAAAGCACCCGCAUCAAGGUCAUGAUUGCUAUCGACACGGCCUUCUUCCUGCUCGAAUUGAUCUGCGGUUUCCUGGCGCAUUCGCUGGCGCUGACGGCCGAUGCCUUCCACAUGCUGAACGACAUAAUCUCGCUAGCCAUUGGAUUGUGGGCCGUGAUUGCGUCGCAAAAGGCCACAACUGACGAGUUCACAUUUGGCUGGGUACGAGCCGAAAUCCUGGGCGCUUUCUUCAACGCAGUCUUCUUAAUCGCGCUUUGCGUCUCCAUCAUCCUCGAAGCCCUGACUCGCUUUGUCGACCCGCCCGAGAUCAAUAACCCGAAGCUUAUUCUGAUCGUUGGCUGUGCCGGCCUAUUCUCCAACUUGCUGGGCUUUGUCGUUUUGGGAGGACACGGACACGACCACGGACACGAUCAUGACCAUGAACACGGCGAUGGCCACGAUCAUGAACACGACCACGAGCACGACCAUCCUCAUUCUCAUCGGGACGACUGUGAUCUCGAAGAGGGGCAAUACGACGGUACUAUCGCUGACGAGGAUGGAGCCGUUGGUGAUGUCCUCCCCGAGGUGAUUGUCAGAAGAGCCGUCAUGACAGGGCAUCGGGACGAGUCCAACACCAGAGCAAGCCGAGCAUCUAUCCAGUCCAGGGGACGAGAGCAUCAACGCCAGUCCAACAUAGGCCAUGCCCGCUUCGCUAGUAUCGAAGAUAUGAGUAUUCACCCCGCCAGUUUUCGACAGGAGAUCCUCGCUGCCAGUAGAGCUGCAUCGUCAAACGUCUGUGCGAAUAGCUCUGGGGAAGAAUCUCCCUUUACCGACUCGGAAAAUGACCUUAAUGAGACGUCACCACUUCUCCAGGACACAAAGGGAUCCCAUCUUUCGUACUCCCACAGCUCCUCUUCUAAGAAACCGAGAAUUCGACGAGAUUCUGGUGUGCACACGGGCCAUAACCACACUCUUCCAAGAAAGCCUGGCUCCAAAGUCAGUGGACACAACCAUGCCGACAUGGGUAUGCAUGCCAUGAUGCUUCAUGUGAUUGGCGAUGCUCUGGGAAAUGUCGGCGUCAUCAUCACUGCCCUCAUCAUCUGGCUCACUGACUGGCCCGGCAAGCUCUACGCUGAUCCGGCUGUCUCGCUCGUCAUUACUGCCAUUAUUCUCAAGACAUCCAUCCCCCUGACUCUGGCUACUUCCCGUGUCUUGCUGCAGGCAACUCCUGAGAAUAUCAGCAUCGCGCAAAUCCGUGAAGAUAUCGAAAACCUCAAGGGAGUCGUCAGCUGCCACCACAUCCACGUCUGGCAGCUUUCUGAUACCAAGAUCGUUGCCAGCAUGCAUCUCCAAGUAUCUUCCGAACUGGACACGCACAACGGCGAGAAGUACAUGAAGCUCGCUAGGCAGGCCAGGAAAUGCCUGCACGGCCACGGCAUCCACAGUGCCACUAUUCAGCCCGAGUUCUGCCUCGAUGAUAAUCAUCAGCACGACGGCGACGCCGUGGCACUCAGCCAUGAUGGAACAUCCGAAGAACCGGCUCGUCCAUGCCUCCUUGAUUGUAUUGAUGAUUGCCAGGCAGAGGGAUGCUGCGUGGUUGAAACUUCCUCGGCAUGUUCAACUCGACGAGCUAGCGAAUCGUCGCACAGCGAGGGCCACAAUCAC